AUGCAUGCCAACCUGGCGCGGAGGAUGAAGCCCAAAAUCCUCGCAAGGGCGAAGACGAGCACCCCUCUAAGCACACCACUGCAAUCUCUGCACUCGGACAUCGCAAUCCACGCCGCUGCCGCGCCCAGCGAGCACCCCACCCGCACUCCUCUCUGCAGCACGCUGGCUGCAAUGCUGGCCUCCCAUCUCAGCAGCAGUAUCAGUAACAGCACGGUAGCAGCAGCAGCAGGUGCACAUGCGCAGCGCGGCAGCAGCCUCACAAGUUGCCCCGCCCAGGCGCGGCAACGCAGCCAACCACGACAGGCGUCGCGGCGGCCGGUGCAGACUCGGGCACAAGGGGAGGGGCUGGCCGACAGCAUGAAGCGAAUGGCCAAGCAGGUGACUGGCGCGCUGCCCAUCAUUGGCCUCAUCUCACGACUCACUGCCACAGAGGGCGGCAUUGGCAACGAUGCGCAGGCAUACCCUGAGUACUGCCGCCAAGUGUUUGAUGCCGCGCCGCUGGGCUUCCAGGUGGCGGUGGCCGAGCUGCAGACCAAGUAUGGCAAAGCAGCGCAGCGGCGCUACGUGCUGCUAGCGCUGUGGAUGGCGCGGCACGGCGCGGGCGUCGUCCCCGGCAAGGCGAUUGUGGACGCGGCGCGGCGCCUGCGCGUCUCCUCCGACCUGGAAUUUGAGAUGGAGCGCUUCUCCGAGGCCCUGGCGGAGCAGACAGCCAAGUACACAUACAUGGAGAGACCCCGCGGCAGCCUGGCGCAGCAGGCCGAUGUGGCAGUGGAUGCAGUGGUGCGCCUGGUGCUCGGCCUCAAGGACGGGCAGCCGGUGCCGGCAGAGGAUGCGGCGCUGGUGGAGGAGUGCGUGGCGGGCGGCUUCUGGGAUGUGCCCGGGUUCAAGGAGGAGGUGUGCCCACCGCGCACCGCCUGCACUUACUUGGGCGCAUCUGAGAUGCGGAUGGGCCUGAAGGUGCCAGACACCUGCAGCCCGCCGAGAGCGCACACUGCCACCGCCGCCGCCAGCUGCGCCAGCAGCGCCAGCGGCAGCGCCUCAAACUGCUGCUGCGUCAGCCUCAGGUUCUCGCGGUCUGCAGGGGCGCGCGAACUGGGAUUGAGGGGCGAUCCAGCCAACUUGGGAACGCCGGAGAGUUGA